ACCCUUCGUUGCUCUUCCCAAUCCACUCGGUGUGCCUACCUCGACCACGACAACUUCUCAUGUUAUUCUAGUCGACCUCCAACCAGCACCUCGCAGCUUCGCUUCUCGACCUCGUCUCUGACACUUUUUUUACUCGCCUACAUUCGCCUACGCGCUCUCCGUUACUUUAUCUAGCCUCAUUCAGCAGCCCCAAUCAACCUUUCACUGCCGGUCUUCUCUUCGUACCGACCUAAAACACCGCAAUCAUGGCUCUCGUCAACGUCCGUCGCGAUGUCAGCGAUGCCUUCUAUCGCUACAAGAUGGAACGCCUCCAGACCAAGAUCGAAGGCAAAGGCAACGGCAUCAAGACAGUCGUCGUCAACCUGAGCAGCGUUGCUCAGUCCCUCGCCCGUCCCGGCGCCUACCUCAUCAAGUACUUCGGCUUUGAACUUGGUGCCCAGACCAACAUUGAUCCGGCCGACGACCGUUGGAUCAUCAACGGCGCCCACGAUGCCAGCAAGCUGCAGGACCAUCUCGACGGCUUCAUCAACAAGUUCGUUCUCUGCAAGAAGUGCAAGAACCCCGAGACCGACGUCAAUAUCAACAAUGAACGCAUCCUUCUUGACUGCAAGGCAUGCGGCCAACGUUCCGAGGUCGAUCUUCGCCUCAAGUUGAGUGGCUUCAUUCUGAAGAACCAGCAGAAGAAAGGCAAGAAGGACAAGGCGGAGCGCAAGGCCGCCCGCCGUGCCAAGCAGCAGCAGACUGCCAAUGGAGGAGGCAAGGAGAACGGCAGCAAUGGCGCCAAUGGCAACGGCAGUGGUAGCGGUGGCGAUGGCUCUGACGCCGGCUCCAAUGAGAACGACGACAAUGCAGGCGGCAGCGACGACGAGUUCGAGAAAUUGAAGAAUGAUGCUCCCGAGCUCAACGGCGUGGUCAAAGUCAAUGAGCACGAAUGGGCCGUUGAUAUGAGCGAGGAAGCAGUCAAGGCCCGUCAGGCUUCGCUUCCGGGCGAGUUUAAGCAGAAAUUGCAUCUGGGAGACGACGAAGACGAAGAUGGAGACGGUGGACCCACCGUCUACGACGAGCUCGGCGCCUGGAUUCAAGAUCAGGCUCAGGAGAAGGGUGGCAUUGACAAGGUCGACUCUAUAGAUAUCUUUGUCAAGGCCAAGGAACUCGGCAUUGAGGGAAAGCACCGUUCUGUUGUCGUGCUUGUCUUGACGCUCUUCGAUGACAACAUCUGCGCUCAGAUUCCCAAGCGAGCUCCCAUGUUGAAGCAGUUCGUCACCUCCGAGCGUCAUGAGAAGGCCCUCCUUGGCGGUACCGAACGCCUCUUCGGCAGCCUUGCCACGCAGAACCCGAACGUCUAUGAAAAGAUCGUCAAGGUUCUCCAGCUGUACUACACGUGCGACUUGCUCAGCGAGGAAGUUGCCACCAAAUGGGGCACCAGGGCUAGCAAGAAGUACGUCGACCUUGCCACCUCCAAGAAGGUCCGCAAGGCUGCCGAGCCCUUCCUGACUUGGCUGGCCGAGGCCUCGGAGGAGGAGGAAUCGGACGACGAGUAGGCACUUUGAACCGCCAUUACCUUACGUUUCUUGGGUCUUCUUUUGCCUCUUGGGGGCACGAUUCGCUCUGUCUUGGUUGUUCUACGCUUCUUCUCCCUCGGUCUGGUUCGGCAACCCACGUACCACCGGGGUCGGUGUAUUUCGUUAGUUGUAUGUUUGGCAUCUGCAAGAUUCCUCUCAGCUCCGUCACUCCCUUCCCGCUAGUGCCGGUUGGUUCGCACCAACUGCUGCCGAGGAAAGGGAAACAUUCAAGUCGAGAAAAAGCAAGAAAAAAUUUUAACGUUUCGGGCUUAAGGGAGAUUCGUCAUGCCUUGCAAAAUCAAGGGGUUAUGGUAGCUUUUAUUUUCUAGAUUGACAAUAACAUAAUUGCUACCAUC